AUGUCCUCUCCCCCCAGCAAUUUGUUCUACAAUUCUAUCACUCGGCUACGCAAAGUCCAGCAGGCCUUGCGUUUGAGAUACAUCGUGGACGACAAGCUAGAAACAACCGACAAAGCUGAUCGACUGUUCUGCCCUGGGAUGUAUCUCCAAAGCGAAAGGGCGACUUUUAAUACAGACGAUGCGAAACAAUCAGAUCCGUCCAAUAUACACCAGCGCAAAAGCCACGGAGCUCUUUCCCGUCUCUUAUUCCCAGGUCUUGACCUUCAGAACAUGUCGCGGGCCAAGAACAGGACGUAUAAGCUCCAGACGUUCGUUGUCCACGAUGAGGAGCAGCCCAUCGCCAGCCGCGAAAACUCUUGUGGCGAGUUACCUAUUCCCGCCGAGUCAGAUAGACUAAGGGGCCGACGUGCUCUAUCGCGCGUCUUUCGCCCUCCACCUCACCGCCUUCACACCCUCAACAACGGAGUGCCUCUACACGAAGCGGUCUCCCAAUUUGACAGCACAAAUCCUUUACAGCGUGGACCAUAUAACCAAUGGACUGACAAGGAGCUCAAUCUGGUGUGCUAUCUUCGAUACAUCCGUCAUUGGCCCUUUUCAAAUAUCCAAAAGGCGAACUUUCCACUACUUUCCCAACACGCAGUCGGCGCGGCCUAUAGGAAUUUACCUCCGGAAGAGCGCACACGCCGGGCGCUCGCUGCUGUGCCCGUCAUUGCCGAGUCCCGGGGCACCACAGGACGCAACUCUCCAAGUCAAACGCAGCCGGUAUUCUCAAAUCCGGAACGGGGACCAAUUCACCUUAGCUCCACAAAUAUCGAGAUCGGACUUACACCGUCGACCUCAAAUAGCAAUACCUCAAAUCGGUACAAUCUCCGACCAAACAGACCAACAUCUUUCGCAGAGCGAAAGCCACAAUAUAUGGUGGACCGCGUCCAUUUUCCUCACUUCUUCGAAUCGUAUAGCAAUCAUCUCAAGCCAUACGACCUACCGGACAGUGAAUACGUUCCCCCUUCGCAUACACCUACCCCAAGCUCGUCGGAAUAUUCCCACUCCGUCAACUCUACUCAACCAAGCGCGGCCUCGAGUCUCGAAUUAUUUGGUCUGGAGCCUCGAUCUCCUGAACUAUCGGACUACACGCCUUCUGUCCACUCGAUCCGCUCGAAUGACACGAUGGAUUCAAAUAAAUUCGAACAGAUAGGCUUGAGCUCAUUUUACAAUGCCAUACCAACACUUGAUAAUGCCAACGACUGGUCUCAGUGGAAUCAGAAGGUCAAGGAGUUUCUCCGAAUCUCCCCUGUGGCUAAAGAUGGAACGAUCCCACCUGUGGAAGGGGAGGAGGAGCAGCAAUGGUCUCACCGCCAGACAUUUUACUCGUCAAUGAUCGCGGCAAAACUGACCCACAACGCGGCUCAGCGGAUAAACGCCUUCGAAAUCACUCGAGUCCAAACUCUAAUCAAAGCGGUGAAAGAAAACUUCAAGCCGGAAGGUUCAGGAACAUACGUCAAUCUUCAGAGGAGGUACAUGUCACUUACCCGAGCAAAAUGUGGGAGUGCACAAGCCCUCGGGGCCGAGAUCAGAAAGAUCCAUGCCGAGAAACUUUUACUCGACCCCGCAUGUGUCACUUCUGAGAUUGAACGAACCUUCUUUUUCCUCCAUGCCUUAGGUCCAGAAUAUGAAAGCUUCCGUGACCAUGUCUUCAGGCAAAUGGACAUUGUCAAUGAUAGAGACGAGAACGGAAAUAUCACCAAAGCAGCCCCUACAUUCGACUACAUUGAGAACAAGGCCAUUGAGGAGGAACAUAGGAAAGGACAGCUGAGCAACCAAUCCGCAGAUGCAAAUGCGCUUCCUGCCUUCAUACUCAGCCAAAGCCUUGGAAACAAGAAAGUCACACCGUCUUCAGAUGGGAAAACAUGCCGGAUCGAGAUCGACAAUGUCCCUUUCUGUAUUUUCUGUCGAAAACCCUAUCAUAGGGAGCCUCAAUGUUUCAAGAAGAACCCCAACCUGAGGGAUCAAGAAAAGGAGAGAAGAAUACGCCGGCCAAGAUCCAACGAUGCAUACAAGGACUUUCGUAAGCCAUCUAAGAGGCGGGCCAGUACGGACCAUGAAGACGACGAUUCAGAAGGACCGAGAGACCCCAAAAGACCGACGUUCAUGGCGACACAAGCCUCGAAACAAGAUGUCAAUGCAGCAUUCGGAGCCGAAGUUGAAGGAAACGUGGCCACCUUUGACUAUAUUCCCAGUAUGAUGGCCACGAAAGCUCUCUCGAUCAGUGACGCCUGGAUCGUGGACAGUGGGUGCGCUCAGCACGUCUGUAACAAUGCCUUGAGAUUCGUAAAGAUGGACAAGUAUGAUGGCCCACCGUUGAGAAGCGUCGAUACCUCAACGGCCCCUUCCGGUAUAGGAGUUGCAAAUGUCCUGUGCAAUGUACGAGGAAGAAAGAAAUGGCUGGUAUUAGAUGACGUUCUGUUCGUCCCAACUGCGCAUGCGAAUCUCAUAUCUGUGCUGCAACUUCUCAAUCGGGGAGCAAAGAUCGAUUUCUCAAGCAAUGGCGCCAUUAUUCGAAAUAAAUCAGAUGGGAAAAAUCUGUUCACCGCGAGCCAAUAUCAUGGAGUCUACGCACUCGACCUAUGGGCCAAACCUGCUUUUCCAGCCUACCAUGUCAGCUCGCAAUCGGCACUCUGGCACAAUAGGCUCGCUCACAUGAGCGGUGCGAAUAUACAACGACUCAAGAAGCAAGCUCACGGCAUUCGGGAUGAUGCGCCACGCCAACCUUGCAACCCAUGCCUCCAGGGGAGAAUGAUUGAAACCCCACAUCGCCGUUCAGAAGCAGGCAAAAGAGCCAAAUACGCCAUGGAGCUCCUGCAUAUCGAUGUUGCAGGACCGUUUGAGGAGGGCCUUGAUGGUAGCCGCUACUGGCUGACCAUUGUUGAUGACUGUACUGGAUGGGUUGAGAUCGUUCCCAUACCACGACGGCAAGAACACGUCGUUGAGUCCUUGCGGUACUUCCUCGACCACAACGAGCGCCCUGAGCGCAAAUGCAGGCGGAUUCGUCUUGACCGGAUCCCGGAACAAGUGGGAGAAGAAAUGAAAUUUACCCUCUUCUCAAGGGCAAUCCAAGCCGAAGUCACGGGCGUCGACCAGCACCAGCAGAAUGGGGUAGCUGAAAGAGCCCACAGAACAAUUUACGAUCGAGUUGGACCAACGCUCGCACAUGCGAAACUACCGCCCAAAUUCUGGCCGGAGAUUGCGCGGACUGCGGCCUUCCUCUCGAAUCGAUCACCAUCAUCCAAACGCAACAUGACUCCGUAUCAAGCUUGGUAUGGUGACAAGCCUGACCUGUCACGGCUGAGAGUCAUAGGAUCCAAGGGAGAGUAUCUAAUCCCACCCAAACAGAGAAAGAAGUUAACGGGACCAAGAACAAGGCCAUGUCUACUGCUGGGAUACGAAGGAAAUACAAACUAUCGCAUCCUGCUAGAAGACGGCAGAAUCAUUGGUACGCCAAAUGCAGAAUUUCAUGAAGUCCUCAACACUCCUUCCACGCAGACCAGAGAAGACGUGGGAGCCAAACAGCAGAGCUUUCCUGUGGCAACGGCUACUGCCGCAGGGGGGAGUGAGACGGUGGGACUAAUAAACCAACCGUCGGCCAGUAUGCGACAUGCAUCCGUGCCAGCCUCGGGACGUCAAAUCUCCCUGGCGCCACAAGGGCAAAUACAGCCUAGAUCAAGGGACGACAUAGUGCAAGUGCAUCUGCCUCCGUCGAGUGAUAAUAACUCGCAGCCCGCCGCUGCUGGACAAGGAGAUAUAACCUUUUCGCCUACACGGAGUGACGAUACCUUCGGACCCUUAUCACCUGCUUCACAGGAUUCCGUCCUUAGGAUUGACUCACCACCCGGUAGCGACCAGCAACAAGGCGAUGCUCAGCAAGGGCGAAUCCCAGAUUGGCUAGAUUGUUCCGAGCUACGGGAGGGUGGCGCAAAACACAUAGUGCAACAAGCUUCACUGGAACGCCACCCAGAACUCAAGCUCCGUGACACACAAACGUUUCAAGACACACCUGGUGAUGACCAAGAAGAACUCGUAUUGAUGAAUAUCCCUGACAAGAAUGUCAUUCCGACCUUCCUGACCGAAAAAGGAAUGAGCGAAGAGUUACAAUCACUCAAACAAAACAAAACUUGGGAAAUGGUUGACCCUCCCAAGGAUCGCCGAGUCCUGAGCGGGAAGUGGAUUUUCAAGCUCAAACGAAGACCAGGCGGAGAAAUCGUUCGCUACAAGUGCAGAUGGGUAGUCAGAGGUUUCACCCAAGAAGAAGGUGUCGAUUAUGAUCAGACAUUUGCUUCCGUGGUCAAACCAAUGAGUUACAAAGCCCUGUUCGCAACUGCCGCAGCCCUGGAUCUCGAGAUCGAACAAAUGGAUGUCAAAACAGCGUUCUUAUACGGCGAGGUAGACCAUGAGAUCUAUGUUGAACAGCCGCAUCACACUACAGACGGCACAUCGAGGGUCUGCAAGCUUCGAAAGGCACUCUACGGUCUGAAGCAAGCACCUCGUAUCUGGUAUCAGACGCUUACCAAUUUCCUUCGGGAUCUUGGCUUCGAGCCCAUCAACGCCGAUCUCAGUAUCUUUGUUCGGAGCAGCAUGUACAUUGCAGUGUACGUGGACGACCUCUUGAUCAUCGGACCAAGCAUUGCAGAGAUAAAGAAGAUCAAGAGGAGCCUCAGAAAUCGUUUUCAUAUGACAGAUCUUGGCCCCUGCAGCUACUACCUCGGCAUGACCAUCCGGCGAGAUCGGCAGAACAGAAUCCUCUAUCUCAGCCAAGAGGCUUACGUGCACAAAGUCCUUCAACAAUUCGGAAUGUUAGAUUGUGCACAAGUCAGCACGCCUAUAGACACUUCACCUCUACCAGAAAGCGGUCCUGAAUACAUCUGCCCGUCGAAUGUAAAGAACGAGUACCAGCGUGUGAUCGGAUCGCUGAUGUAUAUCAUGCUUGGGACUAGAGGCGAUAUCGCAUACGCUGUCUCAGCGGCAAGCAGACACUUGGCAAAUCCUGGUCCACAACAUAUGAAGCUCGCCCGCCGAAUCCUUCGAUAUCUCAAAGGCACCAAAUCCCUCAGUCUUGCGUAUAAAGGUCAGCUCCAGAUGCUCCGUGGCUUCACGGAUGCAGAUUGGGCUGGGUGUCACCAGACAAGACGGUCGACGGCAGGAUAUCUUUUCAACAUUGGAAGUGGAGCAAUCAGCUGGCAAUCAAAGCGCCAGAACAUUGUUGCCCUGUCUACCUGCGAGGCCGAAUUCAUGGGCCAGACGCAAGCAACCAAGGAAGCCAUCUGGCUGAGAAGGCUCCUCCACGAGCUGAACAUGGGCCAGGGAAAAUGCGCAACGAUUAUCUGCGGCGACAACCAGGGAGCCAUUGCGCUGGCCUCAAACCCUCAAUAUCAUUCGCGUACAAAGCAUAUGGAAAUCCAGCGAAAGUGGCAAGGAGAAGUCCAAGACGCCGGGACAGUGGAACUCAACAAUCCCCUGCAAAGCACGUUUGUUGACGCAGAGCUCGUCCUGCGAAGCACCUUUUUACACUCGCGGGGCUCAGGGCAGCGAGGGAGCACAUUUGUUGACGCAGAGCCCAUCCUGCGAGGCACACUUGAUAACGCAGAGCCCAUCCUGCGAGGCACAUUUGGUAACGCAGAGCCCAUCCUGCGAGGUAGUCUUGUUUUCGCAGCACCUCCCAGCGAGGAUUAUUGUUGA